AUGAAGACCUGGAUCCUCCUUGUCGGGGCAGGAAUAGCGCUGGGCUACCUGUACACGGCCCCUGACUCCUGCAAGGGACGCUGCGAGGAGCCCUACAACAAGGAGGAUGAGUGCCACUGCAAUGCCGAGUGCGAGAGGUACCACAACUGCUGUGAGGAUUACUACAGGCACUGCCGACCCGAGGGUUUCUCCAGGAGCUGGGACGCCAUCACCGACGAGGACCUCCUGCACGUCUCGGAGCAGCUUUACGGGGCAGAUCACAACAAAGCCCGGCCGACUGACAUCGCCAUUAACCCCCAGUACCAGGCCUCCCCCGACGAGACGGGUGACAAGGAGGACCGCUCCCCGCAGCCGCUCUACAGAUAUGUCAACGAGGAGCUCUUCUCCAAACCCACCUACGCGAGCUUCAUUAAACUGCUGGACAACUACCAGAGGGUGACUGGCAGGGAGGAGGACGUGACGGCGGAGGAACUGAGGGAGCAGGACAACUUCCUCAAGGAGGUGAUGAAAACCGAGCUCAUGAAGAAACUCUUCGCCUUCCUCCACAAAAAAAACCGCUACAGCUCUGAGCAGGAGUUCGUCGCCGAUUUGAAGGAGAUGUGGUUCGGCCUCUACUCCAGAGGCGACGGCGAGCAGGACUCCAGCGGCUUCGAGCACGUCUUCUCAGGGGAGGUGAAAAAAGGGAAAGUGUCUGGAUUUCACAACUGGAUUCGCUUCUACCUCCUUGAAAAGCAGGGCAUCGUCAACUACUUCAGCCACAACUUCAACGGGCCGUGGGACACCUACCCCGACGUGCUGGGGCUGCAGUUCAGCUGGGACGGCUUUUACAAGGAGGUGGGCUCUGCCUUCAUCGGCUGCAGCCCCGAGUUCGAAUUUGGCCUGUACACGCUGUGCUUCAUCGCGCGUCCUGGGAGGGCAUGUCACCUGAGCCUGGGCGGCUACAGCCUCAGCAUCCAGACCUACGCCUGGACCAAGUCCACCUACGGCAACGGCAAGAAGUACAUCGCCACCGCCUACGUGAUCUCGCCCUGA